CUAAGGAGCGUGGCGACGCGAAAGGACGAGGCAGGAAGCAGCUGUCGCCCCGGCCCCCGCGGCGAGCAGUCCCAGGAUGCUCCGCGCCGCACCGCGCCUGGCCCCGGACUCCAUUUCACAGCAGCCACUGCGGCUGGCGCCGACAGCCUCCCCGAGCGCUUUGGCCCCUUUGUGAGUCCGCCCGUGGGGCCCGAGAUCGAGUCCACGCCCCGGCCGCAGAGCGCUCGGCUCCCCGCCUCCGCGAACGGUGCGGACCCAAGUGCCGACUCUCGGGGAGAAGGCGCUGUUUUCUCUGGACACUGCCCGUCUCCCAAAGAGAAGCCAGAAGGAGGAGGACGGAAGGGCUGUCCUCAAUUCUUAAAGCCAUGUCCCAGGAUUUGGUGACAUUUGGGGAUGUGGCUGUAGAUUUCUCUCAAGAGGAGUGGGAAUGGCUGAACCCUGCUCAGAGGAAUUUGUACAGGAAAGUGAUGUUGCAGAACUAUAGGAGCCUGGUAUCACUGGGAGUUUCAGUUUCUAAGCCAGAUGUGAUCUCAUUAUUGGAGCAAGGAAAAGAGCCCUGGAUGGUGAAGAAGGAGGGGACAAGAGGAGCAUGCCCUGAUUGGAAGUAUGCACUUAAAAACAAUGAAUUUUCAUCAAAGCAAGUUAUUUAUGAGGAAUCAUCCAAAGUAAGGACAAUGGGAAGAAGCCAUCUUAGUUAUAACCUUGACUGCUCCAGUUUGAGAGAAGACUCUAAAAAUGAGGACUGGUUUAAGAACCACUUGGGAAGUCAGGAGAUACAUUCUAGUCAACUGAUCAUCACUCAUAAAGAAAUCCUGACUAAAGAUCAAAGUAAUGAAUAUACUAAAUCUUGGCAAACUUUCCAUCAGGAUGCAAUCUUUGAUAUAAGGCAGAGUUUUCCCACCAAAGAAAGAAUACAUAAGCAUGAGCCACGAAAGAGAAGCUACAGGAAAAAAUCUGUUGAAAUGAAACGUAAGAAAGUCUAUGUAGAAAAGAAACUUUUGAAAUGUAAUGAAUGUGAGAAGGUUUUCAACCAGAGCUCAUCUCUUACUCUUCAUCAGAGAAUUCACACUGGAGAGAAACCCUAUGCAUGUGUUGAAUGUGGGAAAACCUUCAGCCAGAGUGCGAACCUAGCUCAACAUAAGAGAAUACAUACUGGAGAGAAACCCUAUGAAUGUAAAGAAUGUAGGAAAGCCUUCAGCCAGAAUGCCCAUCUUGCUCAACAUCAGAGAGUUCAUACUGGAGAGAAACCUUAUCAGUGUAAAGAAUGUAAAAAAGCCUUCAGCCAGAUUGCACACCUGACUCAACAUCAGAGGGUUCAUACUGGAGAAAGACCUUUUGAAUGUAUUGAAUGUGGAAAGGCCUUUAGUAAUGGCUCAUUUCUUGCUCAGCAUCAGAGAAUUCACACAGGAGAGAAGCCUUAUGUAUGUAACGUGUGUGGGAAAGCCUUCAGCCAUCGGGGAUACCUAAUUGUACAUCAGAGAAUUCAUACCGGAGAGAGACCCUAUGAAUGUAAGGAAUGUAGGAAAACCUUCAGCCAGUAUGCACACCUGGCUCAACAUCAGAGAGUUCAUACUGGAGAGAAACCUUAUGAGUGUAAAGUAUGUAGGAAAGCCUUCAGCCAGAUUGCAUACCUUGAUCAACAUCAGAGGGUUCAUACUGGAGAGAAGCCCUAUGAAUGUAUCGAAUGUGGGAAGGCCUUUAGCAAUAGCUCGUCACUUGCACAACAUCAGAGAAGUCAUACCGGAGAGAAACCUUACAUGUGUAAGGAAUGCAGGAAAACAUUUAGCCAGAAUGCAGGCCUUGCUCAACAUCAGCGAAUUCACACUGGAGAGAAACCUUACGAAUGUAACAUUUGUGGGAAAGCCUUUAGCUAUAGUGGAUCUCUUACUCUACAUCAAAGAAUUCAUACUGGGGAAAGACCCUAUGAAUGUAAGGAUUGCAGGAAAUCUUUCAGGCAGCGAGCACACCUUGCUCAUCAUGAGAGAAUUCAUACAAUGGAGUCAUUCUUGACUCUUUCCUCCCCCUCCCCCUCCGUGUCCAGUCAGUUGCCAAGACCUGUAGGUUCUAUCUCCUAAAUAUGCCUUGAAUCUGACUCUAAUUAAUUUCCAUUCUGUCAUCUUCGUCCAGUACACAAUAAUCUAUUUGACAUGGACUAUAGAAAUAACUUUCUAAUUGAUCUCCCUGUGUUUACCAUUUCCUGCUAGUAGUGCAUAUUGCAGUCAAACUUGUGUUUAAAAAGUUUAAUCAUAUCACUUCUCCUUCAUUAAAACCCUUCAUUGGCAUCCCAUAGGUCUUAGGUCAAGGCACACAUUCCUCAAAAUAGCCUAAAAGACCUCCAACCCCCAAUACUUUGUUCCAGUCUACAUUUCAGAGUCCCAUCUCAUGUCAAUAUCCAUCUCAUUCUUUGGCUACUUAUCAACAUUAAGAAUUUAUAGUGCAGCAUCAAGUAGAUCUGGGUUCCAAUUCUUACUCUUCCAUUUUCUGGCCCUCUAGUUUUGGAGAAACCUUUUGUCCCUUGUAAGCUUCAGUCUUUUUAUUUAUAUUAUGGAAAUAAUAAUGGUACUACCUCAAGUUAAUGUAAGGAUUAAAUGAAAUAAUGCAUGUGAAGUGCUCAGCAGAGUGCCUAGCAUAAAGUAAUCACUCAAUAAACACUAACAUAAAAUUAAAAGGUACUAUGAAAAAAGAUCAUUUCAGCAAUGAUUAUCUGCGAAAUAACAAAGCAACCCAAAAGACUGUAAAGGUUUUUGAUUAGGAACAGCAGUCAUUGUUCUAAAGGUGGGUAAUAGUGGUAUCC